UGCCAGUUCAGUGCUAGUGUGAACACAGCAUUGACUGAGCCUCACUCAGUGUGAGAGAGUCACUCAGUGAGACAGACUCACUCACUGAGAGAGACUCACUCACUAAGUCGAUCCCAGAUGCGCUCAGCACUCUCCUUGUGGUCUCCUUUCCACCUCCAUCACUCCAACCAAAAAUAUGUAAAAUCACUUAACCAGCAGAGUUUGUUACAUGCAGCAGAAAAUUCUAAUAAAGUGUUUUUUUCACCAAUAACAAUCAAGGAAUAUUUAUCUGACGCCACCCCCACAAACAUUGGUCCUUCGAGCCGGAUAAUAUAUAAACCGAUCGCCCCUACACAAGUUUUUUGGCAAGUAUAAGUAAAUAUAAUCGGCCAAUAAUAUUGCAAAAAAAACAGGAUGAAGGGAAAGUUUGGUGGGAAAUGCAUGACUACUGUGACGACAAGUUCUAUAAAAACAUUCUUUUCAACUUACCUCUAAGUGACUGUGAUGAUGGCAUAGUUUUUUAUAUAUUCAAUGAUAAAUCAUUUCCUUCAACUAUGAGUUUCCUUGAAAAAACUGGGAUAAUUGGACUGUACACAACAUGUGUUUACGUUGUGUCUCGCCUCAUCAGGUCAUUAAUAGCCAACAACCAUCGUCGAAUAAUGUUUGAGGACUUACCAUACGUUGACCGAAUAUUGAAGCUCUGCAACGACAUCUACUUGGUUCGGGAGACCAAGGAGUAUCGUUUGGAAGAAGAUUUAUAUGGUAAACUUAUAUUUCUCUAUAGAUCACCAGAAACCCUAAUUAAAUGGACGCGGUACAAAGAAGAAUUUAUAGAUGAUUAUUCCGAACGCAGCACCAGAAAAGCCCAGCGAGGUUUAGAUGGAAAUGAUCAAAAUUCACAGCCAUCUCAAUCGACAUUACCUACAUAGCUACCAUAUAAAUUCCUAAUAAACAGUUUUGCAAUAAAAAAA